AUGGGAGACAAGUUAAACAGAGAGUACUUUGCACCAGGUGCAGCAACCUUCAACUUUAACAAUGUGACGGGGGGUGCAGACAGCGCCAGCGGUGGAUCGGGCGGGUCGGGCAUGGAGUGUAUGCAACUGCGCUCGCCGCCUGGUCCGUUCCACUACCUCAUCUCGGAGCAGGCUAAGUCCCUUGUCGCAUUACAGGAACUCCAGAAUGAGGUCGGCGCUUUACUCGAGUUUCGCGAUCUCGUCAUCGAGACAUUUCCCAACUUGCGCUCGAAAAUGCCGCCGUCAACGCCCCCAAGCGACGUCGGCGCGCUCGCAUCAAUCCACCGCGCACGCGCACGCGCGCAAGGAAACCAAAUCCGCCGUGCCCGUGCGCCGCGCCUCGCCCCACGACAAGCCGCGUUCUGGCGGGUCGCAGUCGUCGCCUCCGGCCCAGAAUCACAUGCCAUUAUGUCGAUCAAAACCCGACAGAGCAUCGACGUCAGUGGAGGCCGCGACUCUGUGAGCCGGGAAGCAGUGAGUCGUGAAUCAGUGAGUCGCGAAGGAGUGAGUCGCGCGGCUCUAGCGGAAUACGUGGCUCGCGCGUCUCGACUCGCUCCUCUGUUCCCGCGCCUCCAUACUGUACGUACUCGUCCGCUGCCCUCAGAACUUGCGAUGGAAUACCAGUUCGCAUACGAGAGCCCGCAGAAUCUCGCCCUCGAACUCUCCAAGUCGAUCCUCUACGAGAACGAGUCCGUCGAUGUGGUAUCGUUGAAAUCAAUCGAUUCAGCCGCCGACUCGCUGUGGAACGGGAAACCGCAGCAGUAUUUCGAGAGUAUGCAGUACGGCGAACGAACUGCCGAUUCGGAUGGGAAAGAAUACGACGACGACUCUUUGGCUCCUCGGUCGUGA